CUUUUCACACCCCCGCUUGACCAAUUGUCCUUGCAUGUUGACAACAGGCUCGUUAGUUCCUCACCGUUCUUCGGCCGAGUCAGUUGGAUAUUUUUCACAAUGACUGACGACGAGCCCUAUGAUCUGUGAGCAUGAAAAUGUCCCCCAGUUAUAAGUACAGAACACGCACAAAAAUUUAAAACAAGAAAGAUAAAUUAAUAACGGACGGUUUUAUUUUAUUUUUUGAUUUAGUGUAAAAGUGUAAUAUUUCAUAAUCAAAAUGGCGCUUGUUGAGUACAUCCUGCCACUUUUGUGCACAAAUAUUACCCUGAUGCAAAAUUAUUGGUGUGAUGGAGAUGAAUUAUAUCCGAAUGGAUUUAAACAAGAUAUAAGUAAAAUGCGUAAACAACGACUGGCUGAAUUGGCUAAUGAAUUGUCAAUGGAAACAUUUAAUAUUACCACAGUGGAUAAUAUGCCUUUGAGUGGAUUUAAUGAAACAAAUCCUGCAGCUAUUCAAGGAGCGGGUACAGCUUUUGAUUUCUUCAAUAUCAUCCAAGAAAAGUACGGUUUUAAAGUAAAUCUUCUCAAACCCAAAGAUAAAUCCUUGGAUUUGGAUAAAGGUGGAAUUAUGAGCAUGGUACAAAGCGGGGAAGUUGAUCUUGGAGUGGCUUUCCUACCGGUACUGACAACAUUCAAGAAUGUGAUUGAUUACUCUCGGGCUUUGGACGAGGGUGAAUGGGUAAUGUUAAUGAGACGUCCCCAGGAAUCCGCGACAGGAUCAGGAUUGUGGGCACCGUUCACGUUGGACGUCUGGUUAUUAAUUCUGCUGUCUUUGAUUGUCGUUGGUCCUGUUAUCUACGCUUUGAUUUUAUUGGAAGUUAAAUUAUGCCGUGAUGCUGAUCCUUUGUACCCGUUACCAGCGUGCGUUUGGUUUGUGUACGGUGCUUUGCUCAAACAAGGAAGCACUUUAUCACCAAUUACAGAUUCGUCACGAAUGUUGUUUGCUACCUGGUGGAUCUUUAUUACCAUUCUAACGGCCUUUUACACAGCGAAUUUGACUGCUUUCUUGACUUUGAGUAAGUUUACGCUGCCCAUCACCAAACCGGAAGAUAUUGGCAAGAAAGGAUACUCAUGGGUUGCCCACGUUGGAACUGCUGUUGAUGAAAGCAUGAAAUCAGAAAAUUCAACACUUCAAAGCUUGGCAAAAGGCUCAAAAUAUGAAAUUGUGGACAUGGAAGGACCUAGCAUCUUAACAGAUUGGGUAGAACGACGAAAUUACAUGUUCCUUGGAGAGAAACCCACUGUUGAAUACCUAAUGUACGAUGAUUACCGCGCAAAGACCAAUUAUUCAGAAGACAAACGCUGCACGUUUGUUAUAACUCCAUUUACAGUCGUUACUUAUUCCCGAGCAUUUGCCUAUCGUAAAAACUUCAAGUACUAUGAACUGUUUGAUGAAAUAAUACAACAUCUCUUUGAAUCUGGCAUAGUAAAAUACAAAAUGCGUGAAGAUCUACCCAACACCGAGAUUUGCCCGAUGAAUUUGGGCAGUAAAGAACGCCAACUGCGAAAUUCAGAUCUCUUGAUGACUUAUGUACUUGUUGGUGCUGGAUUUGGUGUAGCAGCUGUAGUGUUCAUCAUAGAACAACUUCUGCGAUUCACCGGUGCUCACAAAUCAACGCAUGCAUCAAACGCGCCGAAGAUGAACAACUUCUUCUCGGAGAAGAGUAUUCUACGCAGUAACAAACGCGAUGGCAAAUUCAAAUUCGCUACUUUCACUGAUAAUAACAACGUGAAGGGUACACUAUGGCAUGAGAUGAAUACAGGCUCGCAGGCUCCAGCACCACCGCCAUAUCAUGCCUUGUUUCAACCACCGUUUCCUAACAGUCCUAAUGGAGCUAAGAAGAAUAUCAACGGACGUGAUUAUUGGAUUGUAAAGUCGGUUUAUGGCGAGACCAAGUUGAUUCCUGUGCGCACACCUUCAGCACUUUUGUUUCAAUAUAAUAAUAAUUAAGAUAUUUCACUAUUUUGAUGAUAAACUUUCAGCCGCAUCAAAAAACGCACAAGGAAUAAAUUUUACAUUGAAACAAAGUGAUAGCAAUAAUAUUACGCACAAAAAAACGAUUGAAAACAUGAAUGAACACAAGCAAUUUAAAUUUUAAGUAAAACAAGUGAUUAUUAACGUUUAUUUAUAAAUUAGCGUGAGUGUGAGAUGUUAUUAUUAAAUGCAUGUCAAAGAAAUCUAUUCUUGUAAUAAUUUUGUUGUGAUCUCACAGAAAUAAAGAUUAUGUUGUGUAGUGUGUAGAUAA